CCUUCCUGCCCUUACAAAUUGACGGUCAUUACCAUAACUCACUAAGUAUCACCACCAAACUAAGUACGUAUCACCACCAAAACGCAGUAGAGAUGGACCUCCUCAGUGCCAUCGACGAGUUGGAGCCAGCCAACCAAUUAGAUUCAUCGGAUGAGUCGAGUCUGUCAGAGGCAGAACCACAACCACAACUACAACCACAAGUUGACCACGAUAGUGUUCUUGCUGGAAUUAAACGGCGUCUACAAUCUAUACCAGAAACUUUCAAUUUAGGCACUUCUAUACUAACUCAGGCUGUUCAGAAACUUCCUCAAUUGGCAGUGGAUGAAAGUGAAUUUGAGGCACAAGAUGCACAAGAUACCCAGCCAAUUGACAGAGUUAUACAGCCAAUUGACAGAGUUACUGAUACACAACCAAUUAACAAAAUCACCGAAUCCGAUAAAGAAAACUAUCAACCAUUAUCAAAAGAAGCUCGACUUGCCAAAAUCCAACAAUUGGCAGCCAUAAAGAAACAACAAAGACUCGAAAGAGAACAACAAGAAAAGGCUAAAGCUGAUAAAGAUCAACAAUUACAUGAUGAAUUAACUAAAUCUACAUUAACUGAUGAAGAAAAUGAUUUAAACGAUAUUAAUGAUUCAAUAGUAUCGAAUGCCAAUGCCAAUACUUCCGAUCAUAUAUCUACUAAAGAGCUUUUACAAGCUGAAGAAUUUCUUAAUAUUCAAAAGAGACAUCGAGAUAUUCGACCGGAAUUUCAAAAGAAAGUGGUAUUUACCAAGGAAAAGUUAUUGAAUGCCUUUGAAGAUGAUGAAAAUCCCGAAAAGCCCAGUUCUCCAUUAGAUCUUGAACCAAAUAAUGUAUCAAGUCCUCAUACUUCACCAGUACAAAAUAGAUCAAAAUCAAAUAAUUCUCAUUCUAAUUCUAAUUUUAAUUUGUCAUCAUCCGAUGAAGAAGAUGAAGAACUCGAUGUAUUAGCACUAAUUAAUAAGAAACCAGUCAUUCCUCCCCCCACUCAAAGUAAAAAUCCAAUAGAACGUUAUGCUCAAGAUUUAAAGAGACAAUUACUUUCUUCACCAACUAAAUCAGAUCAAGAAGAUUCAACUCCACUAAAGCAAAAGAUUAAUCAAAAAGUUAUAAAUUUAGAUGAUUCAGAUUCAGAUACUGAACUUAAUCCAUUAUCUUCUCCACUUUCAAACCAAAACCAAAACCAAAAUUUAAAUUCAAUAUCAACUAAUAAAAAUAAACCAAAAUUUAUUAUACCAGAAUUAUCAAAAGAUCAAAAGAUAGCCAUUAAACAAAAAUUCUUUAAAAAGAAGUUAAUGCAUGAAAAUAAAUUACCUCUGAAUAUUGUAUUUCAAAAUUUAGGUCAUAAAUCAAUUGCCAAAGAUUCUAAAGAUUUCUUUUUAGAUUUACAAAGGGCCAAUAUAAUGCAAUUAAAAGCCAAUAAAUCUACCAAUACUGAUAAUGUAAUAUUAGAAGAAAUGGAAAAGGAUGAAGAAGUAAUGGGAUCUUUAUUAGAACAAGAAAUGGAAAGAGUUCGGAGGAUUCGAAUGAGAGAGAAAUUACGUGAAAAGGCUAAAUUGGCACUUUUAGGUAAGAAAUCUAAUGAUGAAGAAGAUGAUGAAGAUGAUGAAGACUUUAAUGAAGAUGGAAAUGUACCAGAAAGUGAUGUACCAGAAAGUGAAGUUCCAGAUAGUGAAUAUGAAUCAGAUAAUGUAUCAGAGAAUGGAUCAGGUGAAUCACAUGCCGAAGAAGAAGAUGAAGAAGUUCUUAGCAAAAGAAAGGCUAAACGAAUCAUCUUAUCAGAAGAUGAAGAACCAGCUCAAGAUAUUCGAUAUGAUGAUAGUUAUAUGUUUGGAGGGAAAAGAACUAAAGAACUGGAUAAUAAAUUAUCUCCUGAAGAAUUAAUUACCACUGGAGAAUCCUCUCAAACUUUUAAAAUUGAUAGUACAUCUACUCAAAUUAUUAAUGAUCAUGAUGAUGAUGAUGAUGAUAAUAAUUCAAGAAUUAUGGAUAGAAAUGAUAGUUAUGUAUUAUUUCAAAAUUUAAAGCCAAGAGAUAAUACAUCGCAAGUAACUGAAAUUGAAGAUUUAAAUAAUAAAUCAUUUACUGAAUAUCAAGCAGCUUUACCAUCAUUUAAAGAAAUCAGUGCUCCAAAUACUCAAAAUGAUUUAACAUAUACUCAAGUAGAUAGUAUGAUUAAAACACAAGUUGAUACUUUUGAAUCAACACAAAUUGAUCAAGAAACUCAAGUGAUUGUUAAACCAAUUCAACCUGACGAAGAAUAUGAAGAAGAUGAUGAUAUUACCCCAUCAAAAGUUAGAUCAGGAAGAAAACUUGUAAGAAAGAAUCAACCGGUUUUGAAAGAUAUAGGUGAAGAAGAAGAAGCAGAAGAAGAAGAAGAAGAAGAAGAAGAUCAAGAAGCUAUACAAUUGAAAAUUAAGAUGUAUGAAGAGAAGAUCAGAAGACAAGAACUUAAACAACGUAAAAGAAGAAAAGAAAUGGAAAGAAGAGGAAUUAAAGAUAUGGUUGAAGGAGAAGCUGAAGAAUCCGAAGAUGAAUGGAAAGGAUUAGGAGGUAUUGAAGGAGAAUUAUCUGAUCAAGCUAAUUCCGAAGAUGAAAGAAUGAUUGAUAAUGAUUUGAAUAUUGAUUUAAAGGAUGAAGAAAUCCGAAAGAAAUUUAUGGAAGAGUAUCAAAUUAAAGAUCAAAAGGAACUUGAAAAAUUAUUAGAUGAUAUUAAAAAUCAUCGAUUAACUAAGAAAGUUGGGAAUGGAUUAGAUUUAGAAUUAAGUGAUGAAGAAGAUCAAUUAUUAGCAGCCUAUAGAAGACAACGAUUGAAGGAGCAACGAGAAAGAUUGGCUGAAAGUAAACAAGUACAAGCUUUACUUAAGAGUGAAAAGGCCAAAGCAUUUUUCAAGGAAGAAGCACCUACGGUUAUUCGAUUAGAUGAUUCAGAUGAAGAUUCAGAAGAAGGUGAAGAAGGAAAGAAAGAAGACGAACAACAACAACAAGAAGAAGAAGACGUAAUACCUGCGAAAAAGACCAUCAAAGUCGGAGAAGCCUUUGUUCAACGACAAUUAUCUUUCUUACAUAAGAAGAAUGAUAAUGAUUAUGACCAUAUUCAAAGGAUUUCCAAUAUGCAACAUGGAUUUAUAUCAUCUGAUGAAGAUGCCAUUGAUAUUAAAGAAUUAAAAUCUAAAAGUUUAAGUAAUUUAACUAGUAAACGAUCGGAAAGUCCACCAGUUGAAUUAGAAACUAAUUCCCGAAAGAGAUCAAUUGAAUCGACUAUUGAUACUGAUGUAGAUGAUGAUGAUGAUGAAGAUAAUGUAGAUGAUAGUUUUAUGCCCUCAUUUAAAAAACCAUCAAUCAUUAGUUCAUUUAAAUCAUUCCAAGAACAACAAGGAAUUCUGAUUAAAGAUGGUAAAAAGCAUUUUUCAGGAGUGACUAUUAGUAAACAAUAUAAAGUUGCCUCAGGAUCUAAGGCAUCAAUUACAUAUAUGUCAAAGAAAGGAUCCAAUAAAUCCAAGAGUUUAAAGGAGAGAAAGAUUCAAAGAAGUCUUAAUAGCUCUCAAAGUCAAGUUAAACGAAUCUUCACUAAUGAAGGAUUUGAAUAGAGUAGAUAAAAGUCAAAGUAUUUAUGUAUAUUAAUAAUUAAUGCAUUAUAGAAUUAG